AUGGGAGAAAACUUAGACCUUCCCAAAAUGGUUGUUCGAGUCUAUCCACGUGGCCCUUACCAAGAUGGCGCCUGCUAUCGAAUGCGAAGGCUGAAUGCCUCACUCAAAAUGGCGGACGGCCUGAUGACUCACUUAAAAUGGCGGACGCAACCUAGCUCGCACCACGUGGUCUGCAGAGGGGCUCAAGGGAAAGGCCGUUGCCCUGGCAACGAAUCUAAACUUCCCUCGGCCAAAUCACUCACCCACGUACCACGGCAAACCAGCACAAUGCAAAAAACCCUGAACACCCCCCCAAGGCAGAACCGGCAGAAGCAAAGGCGAAACAACAGGGGAAGAAAACCAAACAGCCAAACCUCGAUCCUCCCCACAGAGGCACGGGCAAAACAACAGGAGAAGAAAACCCAACAGCCAAACCUCGAUCCUCCUGGCUGCCUGCGCUCCGGGUCCCGCCGAUCCGGAAUCCUGGGCCGAAACAGGGGCAGGUGGCACCGAACCCCAGCGGAACUCCGCUAG